ACAAAGCCUACUCUGAUUCACCCACACAAAGUCACUUUGCAUAAGAGAUUGAGUCCCUGUUUCUACAUAAGACAAUGCACAUCUCACCAAACCUCACAUCAGUGCAGGACUCUACUUUGUGUGCUUCCCUCUCUGAAGAGCACCAUCAUGACCCUCGUUGGGCAAGUUCUUUUUUUUGUCGCACUUCUGAUAGUUGGUACUUCUGGAAACAUAUUUAACCUUAUUUUUACUAUACAACAGCAAGUGAAGACAAGGAGCAUUCAGACUGUCGGUUUGAUCCUAAACGUCAUCUCCAUCAACAACAUUAUCUUGGUACUCGCCACCUUUGCAAUGGUAGUUGGUGUCUUUCAGAAUUCCCUGAUUUGGUGCAUCAGGCCAUAUCCUUUAUCUAUUCGGACUGAAAUAUAUCUAAUGAUGAGUUGCAGCUUCAUCAGCUUCUGGGCCAUUGCAUGGCUGAGUCUCUUCUACUGCAUCAAAGUUGUGAAUUUCUCUUCUGAGUGCUUCCGAGCACUGAAGAGGAACAUCUCCUCUGUGAUCAAUGCUGCAGUGCUGCUGAGCUGUGUGUUAUCCUCCUUGUUGUUCUUUCCUAUGUUCUCACUCGACGCUGCAGAUUCAAUGGAAAAAAAUUACAAUGUGAAUGACAUCGGCAACUUGACGUGUCCAAUGCCCUCCUUCACUAUACAGAUGAAUGCAAACGCAUACGCUGCUGCAAUUAUUUGCCUCCUCUGCCCGAUCCCUCUGAUGAUCAUGCUGCCCACCUCUAUCAGAAUGGUGGUUCAUCUAUGCGCCCACACGCUGGCUCUCAAGAAGAACCAGACCCAGGUGCAGGGAUCUGACUCGUACCUCCUGGUGUGCAAGAUCACCGUCUCCCUGGUGGGAGUUUAUAUGUCCACUCUGUGUAUCGUGGCUUUGUUUAUCAUUAUAAGGUUAAUCGGGCAACCUAUCACCUACCACAUCUUAGCCAGUGCCUUUAGUUUUUAUAGUGGCAUGACUUCUCUCCUUCUGACAGCUUCAAACAGGUAUCUGAAAGAGAAGCUCUGGAGUCUGUUCUGCUGUAGGAAGGCAGAGGAACAAGGUAGCAGAAGCCAGACAGUUGUGACAGAGGAUGUUUGAUAUGAUAAAAAGUUUACUUCAGGGACUUGAAUUCUUAAAAUCAAACACUUAAUGUUUUUAGUCACUUAAAAAUAAAGUAAUAGUAAGUAAUAACACAAACAUAAAAUUAAGAUUUAGUCACUUUUAUAUGAAAUCAUCUGCUAAAUAAAAAACUUGUAACUGUUACUAAUUGAUUGACUUAAUACUACAGUUUGCUGAAUAGUCAGUCAACACAGAUUCAUAGCAAUUCUUAACUAUUUUUAUAUUUUGGUGAUUUGGUGGCUAAUUUGUUUGAAUCUCACUCUUAUGUUUUUGUAUGAUCUGAUAAUGUAGUUAUGUUUAGGCAUGGACCUUCAUGCUUAAUUUUUUAAAUUUCUACAAAAGUUUUUGUUAGAUUCACAUUUUAUGAUGUCACCA